AACAAUCACUUGACUUGUCAUCAGGCGACUUGUCAAAAUUGUCUAUGUUUUUGCUGAUAAGUUUAUUGUGAAGACAAUUACAAUUUUCUAAAAUGUUUUAACAAUAUAAUAUCUCGUUUAAAAUGAUAAUUAACGAUCUGACUUGAAGACUGUGUUCGCGAAGUUGUAUUUCAUUGUACUGCAAACAAAUUUAGAGGCUAUUAUAAUGGAGCGACCCGUAAACUAUAGUGAUUUGAGCCGGAGAGCCGGAGAAAUUUUUCGGCGCUUAAAUAGACUCACAGAUGGUCCAUUGACUCGGAAAAAGCUAGUUAUAUUAGUUCUUGUUUUAGUGUUUUUAGUUUUGUACCUUGGACCGACAAUAUUGAACUCUUUAUUUAGCGGCGAAGGCUCCUUAGCGAGCAGCCAGUCUGUAUGUCAUCGAAACUUUAUAAAUCCCUUUCAAGAUGCCUUAAACGAAUAUGACGCUUAUUUAAGACUAGAAUCGGCAGCUACUCUAUCGUCUCUUAGCCACAACUAUGUGCCUUAUGUUGGGAAUGGACUUAUAGGUAUGGCAUUGGAGCAUGAUUCAUAUUUAAACAUAAAACAUGGACGUACUUUAUCUCUACCGGUAUACUAUCAUCCUCUAUAUAUUAUCGAUGAUUACGAUAUGAAAGAAUCAACAUUGGUUGAUUAUAAAAAAGGCAUUGUGCACAGAUUUCAGUGCAGUAAUUCAGGUAUAAAGGUUUCCUAUCAAUACUAUGCACAUAGGACAAUACCAUCUCUGUUUGUCCAAGAGAUAUUAAUUAGCAACCCAUUGAAUGUUGCUAAAACACUGCACAUGACAGUACCAAGGUUAUCUGAUUGGCCUACUUCUGUGAAACAAACUAUAAAAUUACACCAGGGAGUUGACAGCAAAGAAUAUGAAGUAGUUACUGGAAUGAUCUCUCUACCUGACAGUGACAAUGUUAUGGCAGUAUCUGUAGUGUGUAGGAAACUUAGUAAUAAGGUGCAAGUUGAGGCCAGGGAUGGUCUAGAUAUAAUGAUAUUAACAACAGUACAGUACAGUCGACCAAUCAAAAAAGCAGACUAUGCAAAGCAAAAAGAUUUGGUUGAAAAAAAGGCUAUUGCAGAAAUGGAGAAAGUUAUUGCUCUCACGAAUGAUCAUGCAGCUGUUCGCGCAUUAAGAGAUAACCACGCUAGAGUCUGGCAAGGCCUGUGGGACACAGGGUUUUAUAUAUCAGAUUCUAAAGCUGAGGGUGUGAUAAAUGGCGAUAGAAUAAAUGCAACCAUAUACGCGAUUAUGUCGCAAGUACAAAGUUACGAACACGAAUCACACAUAAAACCUGCAACGAAAUCAGAAAUACUCCGCACCCUUACAUAUUCAGAAGGCUGCUACGGAGGCUAUUCGACAUUAGACGCAUUCAAUUUGUGGAAACCGUUGAAUUCUUUACAGAAUUUGAACAAUGUGGCUAGUAUUUGGAUGUUGACGUUGGAGAAACAGGGUUGUCACAACCUGCUCAGAGCAGGAGCUAGUGGCGUGAACCAAGCGAUGAUUCUUAGCUUCGGAAGUUUACGAUUCAGUAACCAACACCUCGAGUACAACAUUCAUCCAUCAAAACUACAUAGAGACUUUCUAUUUAGACGUGUUAACUAUGGAAACCUGACGCACGUGAACAUAAGUGUUAUUUUGCAAGAAGAUAACAAAGCCGCCAUUUUCGUAGCAUUGGAUCGUUCAGAUAAAACUUAUUACGCAUGUGACGCGGGUUGUUUAGACUCUGCCGUUCAACUCGGACCUUAUAGAAAAUACUUUCCAGUGAAACUGACAGAACCGUUGACAUCUAUUCUGUAUAUCACAGCAGAUAAACAGCAUAUGGAGGAUCUAAAACACGCGAUACAUGUACAUGAGGUGGUUGAAGCUCCGCCUCAUGAAUCCCAUGUCAUAGCACUACAUAAGCAUGGCCACAGCUUAGGAGGACUAAACCCACUGUUCUGGGUGUCAAUAAUACUCCUUAUAGUGAUGUUCCAUUUAUUCCUUUGCAGGAUAAUCAUGAACGAAUUCUGCGAUAGCAGUACAAAUGUUAGCUAUAAGAGGCUAUAUAAUAAAGCAUGAACAUUGUGUUGUAAUGGACUGAAUUUCUGGGUGUAUUUAUGUCAGAUAGUUUUCUAAUAUGAGCAUUCCUCAUUUAUUAUUUAUAAAUUUAUAUUAGCAAGUCAUUGAAAUGUGGAACCCUAUUUUUGAUAUAAAAACACCCCAUGUAUUUACUUCAGUAUUUUAUGUUAUGUCAUAUGUACUGUUUAUUGAUGUAUAUUUUUAUCAAUCUUGUGUGAUUUGCACAUGCUAAUUUCUAUAUGGUGAAUAUAGAUAAUAUUUAUUAAUUGGAUUGUUAUAAUUUUAAUUAAAAUAAAUUUGUGUUUGUGAUCAGACAGCACACAUGAAGGAAAUAAAUAGAGUAAGAAACAUUAUUCACUUAUCAUCACAAAAUAAAUUAUUUAUUCCUUAAAAUACAUAUUAAAUAAGCUGAGGUGGAAGCGGCAUACACGUAAAAACACAUUCUGUUUGAAGUCAGCUAAUUAGCUUGGUUUCGUUUAGUCAGUCACCUUGCUAACUCUUUUCGGCUAAUGGUUUAAAUGUAUGUAUAUUCUUUGUCGAACGCGGAACGCCUUUAUCUGCUAUCUAGUACGCAUCCGCUACUACGUCAGUUUAUAUAUGUAUUCUAAGAUUUAUUCAUGAUAAUUAACCAUUUUUGUUUUAAUUUAUAUUGCGAUUUUAAAGUACCUACAUCAAAAUGUGAUUUAGAAAAUGCGAGCUUCAUAUAUGUAUAUUAAAAUAUAACGAAAGCUUUCUGAAGAAUGAGCAACUCCGCUGCCAAAUAUAUGCAGGAGUCAAUGUUAUGAAUGUAUCGCAAAAAAUCUGCUUUUAUCAAGGAAAUGUAUUCACAAACUUGAUAUGCUUGUGACAAAUGGAUGUUUAUAAAUACAUAUUAUAUAUCUUAACUUUUGUCACUCAGAAGCAUCUUCAUAGUUUGUGUUCAAUGAAAAACCAAUGAAAAAUCUCUAUUAUUCUCUUAUAUUAUGGAAAAUCUCCCCUCCCCCUUACAAAGUCAUAGAAACUGACCCGUAACGCUGAUAUUUGACUGUAAGAAAUAACAAGCCAAAUAGAUGGGUAAAUUAAUGAAUAAUAAUGUAAUCGCAAUUCCAAAAUGUAAAUAUCGACAUAACAAUUCAAGAUUUAACAAUAUAAAUUAGGAAUAGAUACUUAAUGUUGUAUAUAUAACAAGUACACAAAUAUUUAUAUAAUAAUAUUGUUAUUAAAAAUGUAAUUUUUUAAUAAAAAAUUGAAUGUU